CACCCUCUGGUCAGUGAUGCAGUGCCGGGGUCGAUGCUCCCAGGAGCUGCUCCCUGUGAGGGGCUGCACCCUGAGCUGACAUGGUUAAGCUCAGUGUUAGAUCUGGCACAGCCAGGUUAGACCAGGAGAACCUAAAACUGGGUGAGAUCAGCCCGGGGCUGAAGGAACCCCCUGGUUAAACACUGCAGGAAGGGCCAGUCCCUGUUCCCAGAGCCCCUCUGCCCAUGUCCAUGCCCACUCACCUUUCCUCUGCUCUCCAGGCCAUGGAUUCUCCCUAUGCCAACGGAGCCUACAGCCCCCCGUACCCGCACUACCCCAGCCUGCCCCAGGCACGGGGGUUCUACUGCUCGGGGCCCCCCCGGGCCCCCUACCCCCCGGAGCCCACGGGCCUGUACCGGCCUCCAUCGCCCGCUCCCGCCUGGAGCUACGUGUCCCCGGAGUGUCCCGCCGAGGGCUCCGCGCUCCGGAGGCAGCAGGUCCCUGGCUACUCCCCACCACAGACCCCGGGAAUGCCGAUCCCGCAGUAUCCGUACGGAGACAGCAGUGCAGGGGUCACGGCACAGGGGCCUGUGCCACAGCCCAGAGCCCCAGAGGACACGUGGGGCCCCCCCUCAGUGUAUGGGGUGCAGCCACGUUACGCCUGGCCCACGGCCCCAGGGCACGGGAACCUGUACGUGUCCGACUCACACCCGUCCUGGACCAACAGUGGGGCUCCUUCCCACCCUCCUGCCUGGGACUCACAGGACUCUGCCUACGACAGACCCGAGCAGAGCCCGAGCCAGCACAGCUACUACUCCGAGGUGAACCAGCAGCCCUCGGGGCCGGCGGGGGAGCCCAGGCCGGCCCAGCCCCGGGUGCAGUACAGUGCCCAGCCCCAGCUGUACCGGCCCACGAGCAGGGAGCCCGGAGCCAAACCUGCCGAGCCGCCUCCUGCGAAUCCCACAGCCAUCCAGCCCGAGAUCCAGAGGAUCCUCCACGUCAUGGGGCAGGCUGAGCAGCUGGAGGAAGAGGUGGAUGAGUUUGUAGGGAAAAAGACAGAUAAAUCUUACCGGCUCCUGGAGGAGAUGUUGACCAAGCUGCUGCUGGAGCUGGAUUCCAUCGAGACUGGGGGCCAGGACAGUGUCCGGCAGGCCAGGAAAGAGUCCGUCCACAGAAUUCAGGCCAUACUGGAAAAACUGGAAAGAAAGGGAUUGUGAAAGCACAUCAGCCACAACACACAGCCUGUUGUUGAGGUUCCAAAGAGUUUCAGUUCUCUCAAAUCUCAGCUCUUUCUGCUACGCACUACUGACAAUGGAAAAUAGCAAUAAGCCCUGAGUUAACAAUCAAAACAAACCCACAAAAAAGCCACCCCAGAAGCCCAGCCCUGACAGACAACUUGGCAAAGGACAAAUUGAGAGAGGUUUGAAGAAGCAAAUGUCAUUAAUGAAGAUGUUGAAGAGGACUGGGCUGAGGAUGGAGCCCUGUGGGGCUGUGUACAGAAUUCCCCAGACCAGGCCCAAUCUCUGGGUGCCUCCUGCAGCCACAGAUGGUCUUUAAACACUUGCCAGAUGUGCUGCAACGUGCAGCCACCAACCAAGACUCAGGGCUUGUCCUCACUGCCUGUGUUUUCAGCUUCAGCUCCCUCACCAUAAAGCCCGUGUGUCCUCGUGGGGGUUGUUUGGCUUUAGUGCACUCAAGGAGUGACACCGAAGUGCUGGAGGGGGGCACUGUGCUGGCACAUCACGUCGGGCUGUUCCUCCUCUGAGGUGAGAAGCCAGUCUGGGGUGUCCCUGUGGACUUAGGAACACAGACUGGAAAUCCCAGUUCUGCCACUGGAAAGGAGAGGUGCAAGCGGAGGAAUGAUGUCAGAACAGAUGCAGGGGGUUUGGAAUUGAUUUCCAGGUCACUUGGGUAAAAAUCCCGUUUAAUGUCCCUCUCAUCCUGUGAGUUUUGUGUCCCACUGCACAGCGGGGAGGGAACAGCUCAGCCUGUUUCAGCCUCCUGGUUACAACGUGCUCAGUGACUCAUUGCUGUGUGUGACACUCAAUAAACCCUGACAAGUUUUAAAUGUUAUUUUGUAA